GAAGCAAUUGGCUCGAGGAAUGUCACUGGUGUUAAUCAACUGAUAGCUAGGCUAGGGGAGCUUGCCUCUCCAAGAGGGUCUCCAAUAUGCCGGCUAACUGCUUACUUCACCGAGGCUUUAGCUUUGCGUGUUGCAAGGAUUUGGCCUCACAUCUUUCACAUUAUACCCCCUCGGGACCUUGAUCGUUUAGAUGAUGAUAGCAGUACAGCAUUGAGGCUGUUGAAUCAGGUUAGUCCAAUUCCAAAGUUCAUCCAUUUCACAUCAAAUGAGAUUCUGCUUAGAGCUUUUGAAGGGAAGGACCGGGUUCACAUUAUUGAUUUUGACAUUAAGCAAGGGCUGCAGUGGCCUAGUCUGUUUCAGAGUUUGGCUUCUAGGCCAAACCCUCCCACUCAUGUUAGAAUUACUGGUAUAGGAGAAUCAAAGCAGGAUCUUGUUGAAACAGGAGAUAGACUUGCCGAGUUUGCUGAGGCGUUGAAUCUGGCUUUCGAGUUCCAUCCAGUUGUUGACAGGUUAGAAGAUGUGAGGCUAUGGAUGUUACAUGUGAAAGAAGGAGAAAGUGUUGCAGUGAAUUGUGCAUUACAGAUGCAUAGGCUUCUAUAUGAUAGUUCUGGUGGGAUCCUGAGGGAUUUUCUCGGGUUGAUUAGAAGCACAAAUCCCACCAUUAUUCUGAUGGCUGAGCAAGAAGCUGAGCACAAUGAGCCUAGCUUGGAAGCAAGACUUGUCAACUCACUCAGAUACUAUGCUGCUGUUUUUGAUUCUAUUGGUUUCAGCCUUCCACCAGACAGCCCUUCCAGGAUUAAGAUAGAGGAGUUGUUUGCUCGCGAUAUUAGAAAUAUCAUUGCUUGUGAAGGACGAGAUAGGACUGAAAGGCAUGAAUGUUUUGGGAAAUGGCGGAAGCUGAUGGAACAAGGGGGUUUCAGAUGCGCAGGGAUUACAGAAAGGGAACUGCUUCAGAGUCAAAUGCUGUUGAAGAUGUACUCGUGUGAGGACUUCAGGGUCAUAAAGCAGGGGAACGACGACGCUGCACUAACAUUGAGUUGGUUAGACCAGCCUCUAUGCACAGUCUCCGCGUGGUCGCCCCUUGAUGCAGCUGGAAGUUCAUCCUCUUAUUAUCAGCGAAGUUGAUUGAUUGGUCUUUUGUCGAAGCUCUUCGUUCAUUAAACAGACAAUCUUUGUUCUUUUCGUACACAGGAAAAAGGUUACCAAAUUCUUUGUAGGUAGAGUCAUUCUUUCAUUCUUUACUGCAGAUAGAUUUGUCAAAAUGAGUAAGAAAAGAAAUUCUUUUAGAUCAAAUUGCAUAGGUGGUCAGGUACAGGUAAUCUAGUUCCUCAGGAAAAAUUCUAGGCUUCAUUUUGUUUGUACCUUUCAUUUCAUAUUGGUAUUUAUUCUUUAUUCUUCUUGUAAGCUAGGGAGGGGUAUUCUUUCUUAGUUAUAUUCAGUCAAGUUCAUCAA